AUGGCUAAGUGUGGGGGAUGUGGCAGGUUUCUGAAUGCUUCUGAGUCAGCGAAGUGUAAUAACUGCAAUAUUGUCUAUCACCGAUCCUGUGUGGCCUUACCCACGUCGGGUGUUGUGGCUCCCUCUUGGCGGUGUCCUGAGUGUAAUAAAAAUGUUAUCCGGAAUAAUAAACCUGAUACGCCGGUCAGGGGUCCAGCUCACUUUGUGUCACAAGUUGUCCCUACGGAAAGCAUAGCCAUGGAUACCAGCAUUCUGGAUGAUUCCGUCGGUAAGUCGAAACAGGACCUGAAUAGGGCUAUUUUGGCGGAGCUUCGUGCCAUUCGAAUCGAAUUCCAGGAGUUCCGUACCGAAUUGAUUGAUUUACGCGCGACGAUAAAGGCAUGUAAUGAACGCAUGAAUGCUAUGGAUGUUAAACUACUGGAGUUGGAGAAACGCAUUAAUGUGCCGCCGUCAUCUUCCUCUUCCGACAUGCUUCAUCUUAAUGACGUGAUAGCUCAACUUAGGCAGGACUUAAAUGAUAGGGACCAGGAGUCGCUUAUAAAUGACCUCGAAAUAAUUAAUAUACCGGAGGAUAAAGGUGAGAACCCCAUUCACAUUGUCACCCAAGUUGUAACCAAACUGGGUAUCAACCUUGCGCCGUGCGACAUAGUGAGUGCCGAGCGAGUGGGUGCGCGUCGUAUAAUCGCGGCGAAUCCAGAGGGUGCUGUGCCCACCCGUCCGCGCCCCAUCGCUGUGAGGCUUGCUCGACGUGAUUUGCGAGAUGAAGUUCUGCGCAAUGCUCGCGUAAGGAGAGGUGCAAAUACAGCGGACAUUGGAGUAUCAGGUACAUCGCGUCCAUUUUAUGUGAAUGAGCGCCUCACUAAGUACAACCGAGCACUAUUUCAAAAAGCGCGGGAAAUGGGUCGUCGUUUCGGAUGGAGAUUUGUGUGGACACGCCGAGGACGAUCCUGA